AUACUCUGGUGAACAAGACCUCUGCUCUCGUAAGAGCUUUCAUUCCAUAAGAGGAAAACAGACAAUAAAACAAGUCAAAUUCAUGGACAGGACAGUUAGGUAGUGAUAAGCGCUAUGAAGGAAACAGAACAGGAUGAUGGACAGUACAGGGUGGUGUUUGUGGCUGGGUAGCCAGGGAAAGCCUCUUUGACGAGGCAACAUUUCAGCUGGGAUUCCAAUGUAGGGGUCUAGAAGUGAAGUGUUUCAAGCAACGGAAACAGCAAAGCAGAGCCAGGCAAGUUCAAGAAACAGAAAUGCUGUAACUCUGACAAUCUAGGAUUCUAGAAACAGUGAUGCAUUGCUUGCAUUGUUUAGGUCAGGGAUUUGUAUUACGAAAUGGUUUCUUGGUGGUGUGGGAUAUUUGCUUCUUAAUGGCAGUGGCUAGGUGGUGCAGAGUCUUUCUGGAGCCCUGGGAUAUGGCUCUGUAUCUCUGGCUCUCCCACAGCGCUGGUCGCUCAGCUGGCUCCCUGUGUACAUGCAGGCUCCAUUUUAGCUACAGACUCUAAAAGCAGACUGGAGAGAGCUGACUCCUCCACUCCUUACUCACAGCCUUGGAGGCCCAGAACCCCCUCCCAUCCCACCUAGUCUUCUUCCAUUCUGACAAGCCAGGGCUUUGAGAGCCCAAGAUUCUCGGCUUCCUUGUUUUCCCAUCGGAGCAGGAGCCAGAAAAUGAAACAGGAAACAGAGCGGAAGAGGAGGGCGGUGAGUAGCAGAGAAGGAAAGGAGGGAGAAAUUGCAGGAAAGUAGAGCUGAAGAUAUGGACAAAGUUCUACCUCUACAGGGUGACAGUUGAACUUCUGGAAAACAUUCUGACUUGUCACAAGAGACCCUUUGUGACAAAUAGAUUUUUUGAGGGAAUUUGGUGUGGACAGAGGGAAUCUUAAGAAGGCAUGUCUUCUUCCCUGGUGAGUUCACAAAGGAAGGACAGUUCAUUUCUCAGUUUUGUCUUUGCAAACAGAGGGCUGCUUGGAGCAUCACGGAUUUGUAGAGUUUCAAGCCACGACCUUAGGCCCCAGUCCCGAGCGUGCCCUGCAGCUUUGCCUCUGGAUUCACUCACAGGCCUCUGGAGCUGAGAACAAGCAUGUGUCCCUGAAAAACCAGGGGGAAGAGUCUUCUAAACUCCAUUUUUCCCCCUUCUCUUCCAGCGGACAAUGACCAAAAUGUGAUUUAUACUUUAUCCACCUUGCACACAACAAAUACCUGAGGGCAGUUUUCUGGGCCUGAAAUGAGUUAUAAAGAAUGGAAAGAUACAGUGCUUGGCCCCCCGCAGAACUGAUGUGGGCUCGUUUUCUUUGCCUGGAGAGAUAGCAACCAUUUCUUUGUUCCCACCCACAUUAGUAGCUGUUGCAGAAGAUAAACCCCUCCCUGGGCCAGGGCUGUGGCCAGAGGCUAACCCAGACCCCAGCUCCGUUUGGAGGGCAGAUAACUGAAACCGCAGGCUUUGGAAUCCUGAGAAAGGAGAAAUCCACCAACGGAGAAGGAUUUAUUAUCUAUUUCCUUUAAGGAGGGUGCAAAGUUCUUCUAACAGUUUCCGUUACAGGGGUACCAACUGGCCGCUCCUCCCUAACAGACGGUUUUGUUGAGUUAGCUUCUUUUUUUUCUUCUUCUUCUUUUUUGGCCCCACUUCCUACGAGAGAAACUGCUUCAAUGAGGAAGGAGAAAGGAGUCCUUGGGGGGGCGUCCUCUGAAGUUGCCUUCACCAUCCUCAUCAGCCACCUGAGCUGGGCUGAGGACUGAAGCUACCAGUCUCCUGUGGUCGCUGGGGCUAGAGCUUGACUCUGGAGAGAGGAAAGGAAGAAUGGAAGCCUGGUGAAGAGGCAGAGUUUAGAGACCUGAGGGAACUCAGCCCUAGCAGUGACACCACUGAACUCCUGGUGGUCAGAGGAUGUGGCCCCUGGACCCAUCCCGGAAAGAGGUGCUGAGGUUUGCGAUCAGCUGCCGUGUCCUCACUCUGGUGCUGCAGGCUCUCUUCAAUGCCAUCAUCCCAGAUCACCAUGCAGAAGCCUUCUCUCCUCCUCGCCUCACCCCCUCAGGCUCUGUGGACCAACUAGUGGAAGGUCUUCUGGGUGGCCUGUCGCACUGGGAUGCUGAACACUUCCUGUUCAUUGCUGAACAUGGCUACUUGUAUGAGCACAACUUUGCUUUCUUCCCUGGUUUCCCCCUGGCCCUGUUGGUGGGGACUGAACUGCUGAGACCUCUGCAGGGGUUACUGAGCCUACGGAGUUGCCUCUUAAUCUCAGUAGCAUUGCUCAAUUCCUUGUUCUCCGUGCUGGCUGCAGUCGCACUGCAUGACCUGGGCUGUCUGGUUUUGCACUGUCCUCGCCAGGCCUUCUACGGAGCGCUUCUCUUCUGCCUCAGCCCCGCCAAUGUCUUCCUGGCGGCUGGUUAUUCAGAAGCUUUGUUUGCCCUCCUCACAUUCAGUGCCAUGGGACAGCUGGAAAGGGGCCGAAGCUGCACUAGUGGACUCCUCUUUGCCCUUGCCACUGCUGUACGCUCCAACGGACUGGUCAACAUUGGCUUCCUCGUCCAUUCUCAGUGCCGGGGCUUUUUCUCUUCUCUCAUGGUACUGAAUCCUCUGAGACAGUUCUUGAAGCUAAUGGGCUCUGUGUUCCUUUCAGUGCUUGCACUUGGCCUUCCCUUUGCCCUCUUUCAGUAUUACGCCUAUACCCAGUUCUGUCUGCCAGGCUCAGCCCACCCCAUCCCUAAGCCCCUGCUGCAGUUAGCUGUGGACAAGGGCUACCGGACCGUGGGGACUGUGGAGGGAAAAGAGCCACCUUGGUGCUCCUGGAGUCUUCCCCUAAUAUACAGCUACAUCCAGGAUAUCUACUGGAAUGUUGGUUUUUUGAGAUACUAUGAACUCAAGCAGCUGCCCAAUUUUCUCCUGGCUACACCAGUGGCUAUAUUGGUUGCCUGGGCUACUUGGACAUAUGUGACAACUUACCCUUGGCUCUGCCUUACACUUGGGUUGCAAAGGAGCAAGAACAAUAAGACCCUAGAGAAGCCUGAUCCUGGAUUCCUCAGUCCUCGGGUGUUCGUGUACCUGGUCCAUGCUGCAGCACUGCUGCUGUUUGGCAGUCUGUGCAUGCAUGUUCAGGUUCUCACCAGGUUUUUGGGCUCUUCCACUCCUAUUGUGUACUGGUUUCCAGCUCACUUGCUCCAGGAUCAAGAGCCGCUGCUGAGAUCCCUAGAGACUGUACCGUGGAAGCCUCAUGCAGGGGACCCCCCACCAGGACAAAAGGUCCCCAGAAAUUCUAUUAUGGGACUUUUGUGCAACUGGAAAACCUGUUCUCUACUCACACGAUGCAUUCUAGGCUACUUCCUGACUUAUUGGCUCCUGGGACUACUCCUACACUGCAACUUCCUGCCUUGGACAUGACCUGGAGUCUCAUGGGACAGCUUGAACCAGGCUUAACCAGAGGUCUGAAAGUGCAAAUACCCACUGGGACUGCCUGCGCUGCCCUGGUAUCCUUACUCUGUCCGUUAGAACCUCUCUUUCUCUCUUUGGAGCUUGGUUAGGAAUGGGAGAAGUGUGAGCCACUAGAGAGCCCUUUCUGGUCCUGGCUGUGGCAAAUUUUAGGGUAGUAACUAUUUUCUCUGUAAGUGAAGAAAUCUUAUUCCAAGUCUAAAGUACACCUGGAGCUGUCUUGUCAACCAAGCAUAGCAGAAAUAGUCUUAAACUUACCCCUGACCCACAUGUAAAUUUAAAUGUAAAUUAUUUAAGUGGAAAUUUCAUGAAAGGCUCUAGCUGACAGGCUGGUCCUAGUCCACACUCAAUGGCAGAGGCCUGAGCAGUGCGGCAGCAGCACUAAGUACCCUCGUUUCUAAAGGGGACAUUUCUGAAGAUUUUUUUCAUAAUUUGUUCAUUUGUUUAUAUGAAAAAUCUUACAAAGGUAUGCAAAUUAAACAACUUUAGGUUGGACAUGCAAUGAAUUACCUUUUUAAAAAUAAUGCAAAUUGCUUGUGUGGAAAAAGUCAUGAUAAGAAGAACAUUGCAGGAGGAGGCAGGAAACCUGGAUUCUAGUCCUCUUGGUAAAACCCUGCUUACCAGCUGUGUGACUUAGGAGAGUUUUCAGAGCCUUCGUUACCUCUUCUGAAACUAGGGGAAAUGAUAUUUUUCCACUGGGAGGUGGGGAGGUGAACCAUAUAAUCUCUUGUUGGUCCUUCCCUGCUCUAAGAUCUUAAGAGCUGCCUUAAACAAUAGAAUCAUCCCAGUCUAAACACUUAUGUAGAGGCUCAAACACGUGAUUUUAGGAGAAACUAUCCAGUUCCCCUGCUUUCAGCACUGAGAAGAAAACUCACUCCCUCCUCAGGUGCAACUCUGAGGAGUAACUUCAGUGACUUUUCCUUUGAAUGAGGGAAAGCAGUGACACCUGGCAAAUAAGGCUCCUUGUCCUGCAUAAGUAAACCUGUGCUGGGCAGCUAAAUGGUCACAGCAGGGAUUGGGUUUCCUGCUGUGCCCUGGUAUCUGUGCUUGCUUAAUUGGUACACAUGGGUCAGAGGAGCCAACCUGGCAGCAUGAAUUGAUAAAUUGUAGAUAAGUCCAGUGUUGAAUGAAAUGGUAUCUUCCUGGCCCCCAUUUGGUUAUGAGCCCAUCACUGUAAAGGGAGUAAGAUCAUUCAGCUAUUUUUUCUCAUUCUUUGAGCCAGGUCAGAGGUUCUGCAUCAUUGCCACUCAUUCCCCAUUUGAGCCAAAAAUUCCAAGAA